AUGGAUAACAUCAUAACUAGAGGAGAAUCUAGAAAAAUAAAAGACCGUCAAAGAAAAGCUGCUAAACGCAAUGAUGAUCUAUUUAGAAAGUCUGAAAAUGAAAAAUUGAAAAAACGUGUAGCAAAUCUUCGUGAAGAUGGUGAUUAUAUUAGAGCAUCUAAUUCAAUGCGAAAUAAUCAUCGAAAACAGAAAAAAAUUAUUGAAUAUAAUAAUGCUACUGCCAAUUCUGAAGUACCUUUAUAUGUUUUUGAAUUGGAUAAUGAAUUUGAAAAAACUCUAACUCAAUCAAUUCAGAAAUUAAAAAAGAUGCUUUGGCUAAAUUUCGUCAUAAAAGUUUCAAUGCAAGAUAUUGAACUUUUUAUUUUAAAAGCAUCAAUUUUUCUUACCAAUUCUUCAUUUGAAAUUGAUUUUAACUACUAG